CGUGGAAUUAUUUAGCGCCAAGUAGCUGGCAACACAGCAACACAACCCAGUCUCGCUGCGAACAUUGUUUCGCAACGUCGUGUCGCUUGUCGCGUCGUUGCAACAUGGACAUGGAUAAAAAUUUGUUGCUAGUUAAAAUGGUUCAAAAAUUCCCCUGCCUGUACAAAUCUGAUUCGAUCGAGUAUUCGUCAAGGGUUUGUACUGAAAAGGCCUGGCGUGAAGUUAGUAAGGAAAUAAAAAUAUCAGUUAUCGAAUGCAAGGAGAAAUGGAAAAACUUGAGAUAUGGUUUAUUACGGAGCUUGAGACCGACAAGAGAUGGUUCUGCAAAGAAAAAAUAUUACUUGCACGACGAAAUGGAGUUCCUUAUACCAUACGUAGGCACUUCGACAAAGACAAAGAAGAGAAUAGCGAAUUACACUGAAGUUGAAGAAUUAGAAGAGUUCAAAAAUGAACACGAAGACACUUAUGAGAAUGACAUUGAUAGGUUUGAUAUAUCUCACGAUGUAGAAAGCAAUAGUGUUAUUGACGAAGACCCAUUGAGAAAGAGAGUGAGGAAAGAUUAUGGUGAACAUGAGAAAAGUAGUAAUAAAUUCGAGGAUUCGCGAAGGAUGUUCCUUCUCAGUUUACUACCGGAAAUCGCAGAUUUUUCUGAGAAUCAAAUGAAAAUGUUCAGAAGGAAAAUUUUCGGACUAUUAGACGAAAUAAAUGAUAUGGAAAUAAAUUUUAGUAUCAUAAAAUCAGAACCUUUAUGAAUUAAUAGUUUGUGGAUAUUUUUUAAGUUAUCUAGUCUAUGUUGAUAAAUUUUUCAGUGUUUUUCUACGAAAAUGUCUAUACACUCGGUGCACAAUAUCUCAUUUGGAAGAUUGAUAAUUUCAAAGUAUUAUCAUUUUUCCUACACAGGCGUGUUUUAAUCUCUAGCAAUCUCUUUGCAAGCAAGUUUUAAGCUACUAUUAUGGAGGAAAUAUAGACUCUAUUUUGAGACGAACUCUUAAUAUAUGAGUGAUCCUUAUACAGAUCAUAAUACUUAAGUACAUUUCAACAUUGAUGUUCCUCGCUUCUCCUACUAAUAUUUAAUUCACGCAAAACUACUGAAUAAAUUUGGAUGGAAUAAGAUAGAUUAUACCCUGGAUUAAUAUAUAUCCUAGAAAAAUCCACGAUUACUGCAUGAUUUGUAAAAAAAAAAAACAUACAUACAGCCGAACGUAUAACCUCCUCCUUUUUGGAAGUCGGUUAAAAAACUCACGAAGUCACGGGCGCCCUCUAGUGUUUAAUUAAUAAGAAACUAAUUUAAAAUUGCAAUUAAAUGUAUUACUUAUAUAAGAACUAGCUGACGCCCUGCGGUUACAGUCAUGUAAUUCCCGUUCCUAAGAUAAAAUUGUUAUAGCAUAAGACACUUACAAAUAAUGUGGCUUUGGAGUGGUAAAAGAAUUUUCCAAUUGGUUCAGUUGAUUCGGAGAUUACCUCCUACAACACCACAAACUUUACCUCUUUAUAAUAUUAGUUGUAUAGAUAUAAGUCUACAAGAAAUUAUUUAAUUAAUUUUAUUUAGUAUGGUUGAUUCUAAAUUCUGCACUAUUGGUACCAUUUAAGUGCAAUGUAAAACUUGUAAAUACAGUACAUAAUUUGGAGGUUUCAUUAUUAUGAUUGGACUUUAGAAAAGUAAACAAUGUACAGAAAAGAUGACAAAUACCUGUAUUUUCAAUAAUCAGAAUAAUUAGUCCAGCAAAGCAAGCCUGCACUUUAGUAAAAUGGUACUUUGUUCACAAAAAUGUAAAUACAUAUUUGUAAUAUAUUCUAAUUUAAAUAUAUAUUUUUAAUUGAACAACA